AUGCUACGUGAUACAUCAUCCAGUGCACCGAAAUAUCAUCGUAGCUUCACAUCCACACGUGAUCGUUCUCGAUUUUCUGGAAAUGCAACGAAGCCAUCCCUUACAAGUUGCAUCAUUUUCUCAGUUGUAGAGGGUCGUGGUAGUGCACGUGGUGAAAUUGGACUUGCAAGUAUUGAUGCAUUAUGUAGUGAAUUGCAUUUAUGGCAAUUUAUAGAUUCUGCGUCUUAUGCACGACUUCGAAUUCAAUUUCAAAUUCAAGAACCUGUUGAGAAUCAUUCGUCGAAAAAAGCUAAUAGUAUGAACGCUGUUCUGGAAUUAAUUCGCAGCACUUAUCCAGAAGUAGAAAUCACAAUGAUUAAUAGGCGUUAUUUCAAUGACUUGAAAGGAAUUGAAUUGAUAAAGCAGCUAGGUUCGAGCGAAUCCUCCAAUAUAACACCAGAAGUUUAUAAAAAGUAUUACUGUAUGGCUGCUGCCGCAGCAUUAAUCAAAUACGUAGAAUACAUACAAAAUGUAUUGUUUGCUCAAAAUUCGGUGAAAGUGACUUAUCUUGUUGCAGAAAAAUCUUGUUUUAUAGAUGUAAAUACGAUGCGAAAUGUUGAAGUGGUAGAACGCAUACAUCUUAAGCAAAAAACAUUGGGUCGUAGUCUUUUCUCGGUUUUGAAUACAUGCCUGACUAGCGGCGGAGUACGAUUGCUUCGUAGUAGCUUACUACAACCUUCAGCUGAUUUAUCGAUGAUUGAAGCACGCCUGGAUGCUAUUGAGGAGCUCAUUAACAAUCAACCGAAGUUUGAUCGUCUGCGAGCAAUUAUUGCCGGCGCAAGUGAUAUAUAUCAAUUAAUAACAGUUUGUUGUUAUCUAGAAAAUCAAAAGGAAACUGUUCGUAUAGUUGAGCAUCGCAUCACUCAGGUCCUGAAUUUGCAGCAAACGUUACAUUUAAUUAAACCGUUGCGGGAUUCUUUAAAAAAUAGCAAAGCUCAUUUAUUCCGUUUAUGUUACAGUCAUUUGGACGAUGGACGAUUCGAAAAUAUUAUGGAUAUUCUAGAUGGAAAAUUGAAAACAGCAGGUAAAAUAGGCGAGCGAUCCGCUUUAGCACUGCGACAAAAACGAUGCUAUGCAGUUCGGGACGGAAUGGAUCAGAUGAUUGACGUGAUGCGAAAAGCGUACGAAGAGCUAUUACGUGAUACGCGCGAAAAAAGUAGUGAAGAUGCAAGCGAGAUACCAGAAGCAAAACUUAUCUAUACUGCAAGUCGUGGUUUCCAUUUUUCUAUUCCAUGCCCGGAUCCUGUGGCUAAAAUUAAAUUACCAUCGCAUUUUAUUGAUGCAGUCAGAAACCGGGCUUCUAUUUCUUGCACAACUCGUUCAUUAUUACGCUAUAAUGAAAGAAUCGAUGAAGUGGUUAAUGAAAUAACGAUUAGGAGCAAUGUGACAGUGGUAGAACUAUUGAAUCAGAUCCGUUUAAUGAUCCCAUGUUUAUAUCAUGCGAUUGAAGCAAUAUCCAUGGUAGAUUUCAUCUCCUGUCUUGCGACAUACGCUAUGAAAAUUCAAUCAGUUCGACCCUCAUUUUCUCCCUCAAUGUCGAUGAUUAUUAAACAAGGAAGACACCCACUUUUGGAUUUGGCGAGCGAGAAUUUCAUCCCAAAUGAUGUGUAUUUGUCACCUGAAUCAAGAAUCAAUAUUAUUACGGGACCAAAUAUGGCAGGAAAAUCAACAUAUUUGAAGCAAAUUUGCUUGCUGCAUGUGCUAGCCCAAACAGGGAGUUUCGUACCGGCAGAAAUGGCGGUAUUUCCAGUUCUUACCCGAAUCUUUUCACGAAUCGGGCAUAAUGAUGAUCUGACAGCUAACUUGUCAGCUUUCGCUGUUGAGAUGUCGGAAAUGACAGCUAUUUUACAUACCGCCGAUUCUUUAUCAUUAGUGCUUGUCGAUGAACUUGCGUGUAACACAGCACAUGAUGAAGGUUUAAGCAUAUGUUUUGCUAUAUGUGAAGAGCUUCUGCGGAGGAAGGCAUAUGUUGUAUUCGCUACUCAUUAUCUCAAUUUGGCAUCGCUGGCAACAAUGUAUCCUGGUGUUGAAAAUUUCCACUUCUCGACUAGCACGGUGAAAAUCAAGCAGGAUGACGGCAGCGAAGUGGAAAAACUUCAAUGUUCUCAUCAACUCUAUACUGGUCCGUACAAUGGUCCACUUUAUGCAUUCAAUUUGGCUGAUCUAACAACUUUCCCAAAAGAAGUACUGGAUGAGGCACAUACACUAGCCACUUCUUUGUGUACACAGCGUAAUCUGAUAGUUGAAAUGGAUGAAGAAGCGCGUCAGCGUCGUGCUAUCAUUCGAUUUGCAUGCAAAUUACGUUCCAUGCUGCCAAUUUUAACAAAAACGGACAAUGAUGUUGCUGCUAAUUACCUUUCAAAAUUGCGCGAUCAACUUUUCCAUCAAUUGCCACCUUUGACAAAUGAUCAAUAACUGCAAAUUCUUCUAAAAUGGGAAUAUUCGGUAUCCUUUUUUUCACAUCGGUCUAUUAAUUACACUUUACAUACAAAAAGUGCUGAGCUUCGAC